AUGUUGAAAGCAGUGCGAUCUUUGAGUACAGCUACACAUGCAACUUCACGUACAUCUAAAGCGUCGUCUGAUAUCCUAUCCAUCGCCAACAACAGUGGUUUCACAACAACAAAUUCUAUCAGCGAUGACAGCAGCACAGUCACCAGCAUAUGCAGCGUCGAUGAAUCGGCAUUGUUUCCAUGUCCACCUUUUCGAUUAAGCAACGCCAUAUCGAACGACGACAUAAAUGCCAUCGACUCUGUAUACGAAUACAUAACCGGUGAUAGUGAAAUAAAAGCUAUGCUUGCUGAGCUUGACAUGCAAGAACGUGAUCGGUUAAUAAAUGAGUUUGUGGCCGAAGAACGCCAAUACAUCAACAACAUGAAAACAGCAUUGGAGCAAUACAAACGACCUUUAAUGAUCCAUAACAGUAGUCGGCGAUCAUCAGCCUCCUCAUCCGCCACAUCCUCAUCUUCAUCAGCAUACCAAAGGCGAAGCAAUCUUUUAUCAUCUACCAACAAACCAGCAGCCUUCAUCAGCUAUCAUGAUGUUGAUACUGUAUUUGGCAACAUAGAAGAUCUCCUCAUGCAAAGCCAACGACUCCUCAACGGUAUAUGUGAACGAUUAAGGAUAUGGAACCCCACACAAUUGUUAUCGGAUAUAGUGAAGUCAUAUAUCACUUCCAUUACAACGAUGUAUACAUAUUUUUAUGAAAACUAUGGAGAUUCGAUGAGCACCCUGGAACGCCUAUUAACAACUCCUUCUACGAGAAAAUGCAUCGAGUCCUUGAUUGAUACUACGAACCAUUCAAUGAGCUCCCUUAUAUCACUCUUGGGCCUCCCUUUACUUGCCAUCAAGCGAUAUACCCGUUUCUUUAAGGAGCUCGUUCUAUUGACCGAUCCCCAUCAUCCCGACGCCGUCAGGUUAAGUCAAUGUGCUACACAAUUUGCACGCUUCCAAUCAGCUAGUCAUCGUCUGCAUCAACGGUGUAGUAAUAUCAACAACUUGGUUGACAUAACGUUUUGUGUCCGCCAAUGCCCGCCAAUACUAGACACUCCUCGGUCAUUUAUCAUGCGUGGUCCACUCACCAAUGUAACACACACCGGCAAGCAUGAACGUCGCAUGUACUUUUUGCUAAGCGACAUGCUUUUGUUUGCUCGACCACGUGAUGAAUCUGGUGUAUUGUAUUACAAAGGUCGCAUUGAUUUACGUGAUGCCAUGCUACGUCAAGUACCCAAAAAGCGACGAGUGGAACCAUUUACAUUUGAGAUUUGCUUUUCAUCCAAUGACGAAAAGAAUGAUGGAUCGUUGGAUGAUAUCGACGCAUUGCUUGCAGCUGCUGGUGGAGCCACAACUGAAGCCUAUUUCCUUCGUGCCGAUUCACAAGAAGCCAUGGACAUGUGGAUGAAUGAGUUACGGCGUGUCAUUGAUAGGCUCAAACACAAUCAUAUUACACACAGCAACCGGAAGUAG